GGGAGCAGGGCAUAGGACCAUCCUUCUGGACUAAGUCAUCUGAUCUUUUUGGAGCACUGGGCACAGAGCGAGGACAAACCCACUUGUAGGAAUUAAUAGAAGAACUGAUAUGGGUAAUGCACCAAUUUGCCAGUCUUGUCACUCGGACAAGGGUGUAAGAGCACAAGGGAACAUACAGGAUACGGAUAAGAUUCCUGAUUACUAUGGGUACAACAAUGAGGAAAGCAAAGAUCCUGAAGCUGUGUCCGACAGCAAUGCAAGCUUUCUCCGAGCUGCCAGAGCUGGCAAUUUGGACAAAGUAGUGGAGUAUCUGAAGAGCGGAAUAGACAUCAACACAUGUAAUCAGAAUGGACUCAAUGCUCUACACCUGGCUGCCAAAGAAGGUCAUGUGGGACUGGUACAGGCAUUACUGGAAAAAGGGUCAUCAGUGAAUUCUGCUACAAAGAAAGGGAAUACAGCCCUGCACAUUGCAUCCUUGGCUGGACAGGCUGAAGUUGUCAAAGUCCUGCUUAAAGAAGGGGCCACUAUCAAUGCACAGUCUCAGAAUGGUUUCACUCCUUUAUACAUGGCAGCUCAAGAGAAUCACAUUGAAGUAGUGAAAUAUCUGCUAGAAAAUGGAGCCAACCAGAGCACCGCUACUGAGGACGGCUUCACUCCACUAGCUGUUGCACUGCAGCAGGGACACAAUCAGGCAGUGGCCAUUCUUCUGGAAAAUGACACCAAGGGGAAAGUGAGGCUGCCAGCUUUACAUAUUGCUGCCAGAAAAGAUGAUACCAAGUCAGCAGCUCUCCUUCUGCAGAAUGACCACAAUGCUGAUGUCCAGUCCAAGAGUGGCUUCACACCUUUACACAUAGCUGCACACUAUGGAAACGUCAAUGUCGCAACACUUUUGCUCAACAGAGGAGCUGCAGUGGACUUCACAGCCAGGAAUGGAAUCACCCCACUGCAUGUGGCUUCCAAAAGGGGAAACACAAACAUGGUGAAGCUCUUGUUGGAUCGUGGAGGGCAGAUCGAUGCCAAAACCAGGGAUGGACUUACUCCACUCCACUGUGCUGCACGAAGUGGGCAUGAUCAAGUUGUAGAGCUUCUUCUGGAACGAGGUGCUCCACUGCUUGCAAGGACGAAGAAUGGACUCUCUCCACUUCACAUGGCUGCCCAGGGUGAUCACGUGGAAUGUGUCAAACAUCUACUGCAGCACAAAGCUCCUGUUGAUGAUGUCACACUCGAUUAUCUUACAGCUCUACAUGUUGCUGCACACUGUGGCCAUUACCGUGUCACCAAACUACUCCUGGACAAGAGAGCAAAUCCCAAUGCUCGUGCUCUGAAUGGUUUUACUCCACUGCACAUUGCCUGCAAGAAAAACCGCAUCAAAGUCAUGGAACUCCUGGUGAAAUAUGGGGCUUCAAUCCAGGCAAUAACAGAGUCUGGCCUCACACCAAUACAUGUGGCUGCAUUUAUGGGCCACUUGAACAUAGUCCUCCUUCUGCUGCAGAAUGGAGCCUCUCCAGAUGUCACUAACAUUCGUGGGGAAACUGCACUGCACAUGGCUGCGCGUGCUGGGCAAGUGGAAGUGGUCCGCUGCCUCCUGAGAAAUGGUGCCCUUGUCGAUGCCCGAGCCAGGGAGGAACAGACUCCACUGCAUAUUGCCUCUCGCUUGGGUAAAACAGAGAUUGUCCAACUGCUGCUACAGCACAUGGCUCAUCCUGAUGCAGCAACCACGAAUGGAUAUACCCCACUGCACAUUUCUGCUAGAGAGGGGCAAGUUGAUGUAGCCUCAGUUCUCUUGGAGGCAGGUGCCUUACAUUCUUUGGCCACCAAGAAGGGAUUCACACCACUGCAUGUGGCAGCCAAAUAUGGAAGUCUAGAUGUGGCAAAGCUCCUCUUACAGCGUCGUGCUUCUCCUGAUUCAGCUGGGAAGAACGGCCUCACCCCUCUCCAUGUUGCUGCUCACUAUGACAACCAGAAGGUGGCGCUGCUGUUGCUGGAGAAAGGUGCCUCUCCCCAUGCUACUGCGAAGAAUGGAUACACCCCUCUCCACAUUGCUGCCAAGAAGAAUCAGAUGCAGAUAGCCACUACUCUGUUGAGCUAUGGAGCAGAGACCAACAUUUUGACCAAGCAGGGAGUGACCCCACUUCAUCUGGCUUCUCAAGAGGGCCAUGCUGACAUGGUGACCCUGCUCCUGGAGAAAGGAUCCAAUAUCCAUGUAGCAACAAAGACUGGACUGACAUCUUUACACCUUGCUGCACAGGAGGAUAAAGUGAAUGUAGCUGAUAUACUGACAAAGCAGGGAGCAAACCAGGAUGCUCAGACAAAGCUGGGUUACACUCCUUUAAUUGUAGCUUGUCACUAUGGAAACAUCAAGAUGGUGAAUUUCCUUCUCAAGCAGGGAGCCAAUGUCAACGCUAAAACAAAG